AUGCAAAACACCGCAAAGACAACCCUGUGUUUUUCUGCUUUUCACACCUGCCAUUUACGGCCUCUAUUCGUCUCUUUUCCGCUUAGCCGCUCCGACAAGAGCAGAGCGAAAAGGGCCUAGCUAUUGAGCAGGACAGUCAGAUAUCAAAUAUAUUGACAUUUGUUUGGAGGGUGUUGUUGAUUUUUUGCAAAAGGUCGAUAACCUUUUCUGAAUACAAUUGAAUUUAAAUAACAAUUUUAAGAAAACGAUUAGAACUGAACUUAACUAAAUAAUACUAAGCGAUUUAGAAACUUUCCUAGUGUUGGGUCAAGGGGCAUUUGAUAAAGUGAAUAUUAAAUAUUGCAUUUACUUACAUGUAAAUGCUUGAAAAGAUCAGAUAAUUUUUACUUGAUGAGGCCAAGGGGCUUGGAAUGCCGCGCUAGAAUGGAUCAAGGUAGCAUACAGUUGGCUGCAUAUUAAUUUUGAGCCGUGCCCAUCGGGAGGUUAAAAGCAUUCACAAACGAUUAAUAUGGAUCAAGAAAAAACGAAUCUCGACAGUUACGUGCAUAGAAUCAUAAUACUAAGAAGGAAAAAACGAAUGGUACUAAUAACGUUAAUAAUAUUCGUAAUAAUUGUCGUGUUUGGUCUGCAAUUUUACCUUGUGGACCAAAAGGGACGAUUGGACAUGGGAUUUGGCGAAAAGAAGAAUGUUCUUCUCCAAAGUAUAGGAGUAAAAUUUAUUGAGGUGGCAAAACUUAAUGAUCAGGAGCACUAUGCAAAAGACAGCGCUGGAAUGGUUCAGAUUAGUCAAGCUGAUAGAGACAAGCGCUUAGAUCGCGCCAGUGUAGGUGAUAUUGCGGGAAGUCAAACAGAAAAACACAUUGAAGCAUGUGAAACAGAUCAGCAGCUGGGUAUUCCAUAUGUGUUGCUUGAUCAGAAAAAGCCAUUUGUCCCAAAUCACAGAAUAGUUCAUUUCGAUCUCAAAGGAGCACCUCCAACCAUAAGUUAUCUAAAGAAAGUAAUUUCUUUGGCGAAAAAUGUGGGCGCUUCAGGUUUACUAUUAGAAUAUGAAGACAUGUUUCCGUUCAGUGGAAACCUAGCGCCGUUAGCUGCAAAAAAUGCCUAUACUCUGGAACAAAUCAAGGACAUCCUUUUAUACGCUCAAGAAUUAAAAUUGGAAAUUAUUCCGUUGGUACAAACAUUUGGCCAUAUGGAGUUUGCAUUGAAGCUUAAGGAGUUUGCCCACAUUAGGGAAGUUCCUGGAAGUCCCCAGUCUUUGUGCCCUAGUCGCAAUGCUUCUCUAGACUUAGUAAGGGACUUAAUACAUCAAAUUUUAGAUGUUCACACUGCAAUCAAGUAUCUUCACAUUGGUUGUGAUGAGGUGUUUGAAAUGGGAGAAUGCGAAAUAUGUCGCACCGAGUUGCACGAAGCUUUAUUCUUAAAACACAUCCAAAACGUUGCUAGUAUAGUGCACGAUAGGAACUCACAAUUACAGGUAAUAAUCUGGGACGAUAUGCUUCGACACAUACCACUGCCAGACCUGCAAGCUGCCAAACUAGGGGACCAAGUUGAGCCUAUGGUUUGGGUGUAUGCUGAAGACAUUUAUAGAUUUGUUCAGGCAAGCGUUUGGGAUAAAUACGCCUCAGUCUUUAAAACCGCAUGGGCAGCAUCAGCUUUCAAAGGUGCCUUUGGUGAGACGCUGUACAUUCCUAAUGCUCGACGGCAUUUAGAAAAUAACUUAAGAUGGUUAGAUGUAAUGUCAACGCAAUCAACUGCCUUUAAACAGGGUAUGAGAGGAAUAGUGCUUACAGGCUGGCAAAGAUAUGACCAUUUUGCCGUGCUCUGUGAGAUGCUGCCAGCCGCACUUCCUUCUUUAAUUUUAAACCUGAUGGCUACCAGCAAUGGAUUUUUUAAUGUUACACACAAGGAACAAUUUUUGAGUACUCUGAGUUGUCCGCGCCAAACUGAAAGACGGCCCAGUCCGUUUUUGAAUUUGGAUGGCGAUCCUAACAUGUCGGAAAAAUUAGCCAGAUGCUUAUUUCCAGGACAUGCGUUUUUCAAAUUGAUGUAUCGUCUUCAUAAUGUCGAAGAAGAAGCCAAAGAAUAUAUAGACACUACUACAAGUCAGCGCGGUUGGAUGACUGCUUACAACACCAAACAUAAGUAUAGUCUACCGUUGCGGGUGGAUGAAUUGGUGCAAGAUUUACCAAGAGUUUAUCAUGGUAUGACGAAUUUGGCUAGAAAUGCUGCUGAUGCACUAGUUGGGAUAAUGGAUAAUUACACGAUAUCUGAGUGGAUAGAGCAACGAAUUUAUCCCUAUAUUGUCGAACUGGACAAAAUUCAAAACAGCAGCUUUGCACUUAAAAAAGUUUUAUACUGGCCGGCUAGGCCUUUGCCGGUGCUCAAGGAACUGGAAAAACAUGGUAUAGCCUUAAACUAGAAACUAGGCUAGAUUUUAUAUGUAGGGGUUGCAAUCGAUUACAUAUGCUAAGUGGAUAUCGUCUAUUAAAAGACCAAAUCCAUUCAGGAACAUCAGUAUGUUUACACUGGUAGAAAAUGGUAAUAUUUUAAGUAACUGAUCAAUAGUUAUACUCAUGGAUUUGUUGCUUGAGACAACAGCUAACGUGCCAAAAAAUAAUGCGUAAACUGUUGUUUUGAUGCCUUUUAAAAUUCUCUAGCUAUUUGAUUAACGAAAAAGUCUACAAAAACCACGUAGCUUAUGUAAUCGAAACGCCCUAAAAAAGCUCAAAGUAUAUCGUAAGUCAUAUCUCAGACUGUUGUUGCGAUACUAUUUUCAGGAAAGUUCCCUCAUUUAACACAUACAUUCCGAAUUCCCCAUUUAUUUCAGUGGAAAAUUUCAAUCUUGUUCUUCGUCACCCAUUUAUAACAUGCUAAAUGAAAAAAUGCAUAUUAACGAUAAGUAUUUUAUAGAAUACACGAUAGGUUCAAGUUAAUGUAUUGCAUCUUCAGUAACUGAUUUGUACAACAGGUUCAAUGAUAUUUUUUUCCAAGAUGUGUUACAUUAAUCAUGCCAAUCUCACAGGAGAGACUGAUAAUGUAAUUUUUUGAAAAUCUGUUUGAAAACCAUAGAUUCUUUUCAAUAGGAGACUAUUGUGCAUCGGAUUUUAAAAUGAUGCUACUUCCCUUUCGUUUUUAUUAGCCCUAGUUAAGGUCAAAAUAUCUUUUUUUAAGUACAAAUUUGAUAUUAAUUUUUCUGUCGAGGAUUUUUUACAUGCUCUGUACGAUUGCAGCUUGUUUCUAGUCAAAUUUUAUUUGUAUCUGUUGCGGUUUUUUUUUAGAGUAUGUUUGACGCUUUUAAAAGUGUCUAUUAACGGAGCAUCAAGUAUAAGGAUUUGUAUAUUUAUCGUUUAUGGUGUUUUACUUUUUAUUAAAAAACAUGUAUCAU